CACCCACUCUCUUUAGUCUUUAUCCUCACCAAGCAGUGUUAGCUUUGAUUUCAAAGACACUGGCUUGGAGGGAAACCAAAAUGACCUCUGCUAGCACUAAACUCUCCUUAACGUUGCAUAUUCUUUGCUUUGCUCUUCUUUCCAUUUUGCUGUCUUCCUCUGCCUUCACUCCCCAGGAUUACUCCGACGCCCUCGAAAAAUCCAUCCUCUUCUUCGAGGGACAGCGGUCCGGGAAACUGCCAUCUAACCAGAGGGUCAACUGGAGGGGAAACUCCGGGCUGUCCGACGGCUCCUCUUACCAUGUGGACCUUGUCGGGGGUUACUAUGAUGCAGGAGACAAUGUGAAGUUUGGGCUGCCGAUGGCCUUCACGACCACAUUGCUGUCGUGGAGUGUCAUUGAGUUUGGGAGCUCCAUGGGUAGCCAGAUUGACAAUGCCAGAGAAGCUAUCCGUUGGGGUACCGACUAUCUUCUGAAAGCAGCCGGUGCCACCCUCGGCACCCUAUACGUCCAAGUGGGAGAUCCAAACAUGGAUCACAAGUGCUGGGAGAGGCCUGAAGACAUGGACACACCUCGCAAUGUGUACAAGGUGGACACACGGAACCCAGGAUCAGAUGUCGCAGCGGAGACAGCCGCUGCUUUGGCUGCAGCUUCCAUUGUGUUCAAAGACUCUGACACCUCUUACUCCGCUAAAUUGCUUCAAACUGCCAAGACAGUGUUUGAUUUCGCAGACAAAUACAGAGGCUCUUACAGCGAUUCUCUCAACUCCGCGGUUUGCCCAUUCUACUGCUCUUACUCCGGAUACAAUGACGAGCUUUUGUGGGGCGCGGCAUGGAUUCAUAGAGCUUCUCAGAACGGCUCUUACUUGGCUUACAUUCAGUCCAAUGGCCACACCAUGGGCGCGGAUGACGAUGACUAUUCUUUCAGCUGGGACGACAAGCGUGCAGGAACCAAAAUCUUGCUUUCCAAGUACUACUUGGAGAAAACUACUCAAGAGUUUCAGUUAUAUAAAGAACACUCCGACAAAUUCGUAUGCUCCCAAAUUCCAGGAACAUCUAAUUUCCAAGCCCAGUAUACGCCAGGGGGUCUUCUGUACAAAGCAAGCGGGAGCAAUAUGCAGUAUGUGACUUCCACAUCUCUACUCCUCUUGACAUAUGCCAAGUAUCUUAAAGCAAAUGGAGGAGCUCCGUCAUGUGGGACGUCCACCGUGACGGCAGAGAAGCUCAUCGACCUGGCUAGGAAUCAGGUUGACUACAUUCUCGGUAAUAAUCCAGCGAAGAUGUCUUACAUGGUGGGCUUCGGGGAGAAGUACCCACAGCAUGUCCACCACAGGGGUUCCUCUGUGCCAUCCAUCAAAACACACCCACAGCGCAUCGACUGCAACAGCGGGUUCCAGUACCUCUACUCUGCCUCGCCAAAUCCGAAUGUGCUUGUUGGGGCCAUAGUGGGGGGUCCUGACAGCGCAGACAGUUUCUCUGAUGAUCGCAAUAACUACCAGCAGGCUGAACCAGCGACGUACAUCAAUGCUCCAUUCGUUGGCGCAGUUGCAUACUUCGCAGGCGGCGCCAAAGCCAUAGCAAACUAGCUAGCUACAAAAAUGAAUCUUUGAAAUGUAUGUGUGUGUGUUUUUCCUUUUCAAGGUAAUGUCGAGCUCGGUGGAGUACUACUGGAAUUUAAGAGAGACCAGUGGUUCCACAUGGAAGCUGCAAGAGAUUUAAGAUGAAUGUGUGAUCUUAGCAUCUUAUUGCCUAUACAUUAUCAUUUCCUAGUA